UUGCCUAAAAAGUACACACAAUUAGUCCAUUUUCUUUCUUCCACUUAAGCACUUCCCUGCACUUGACAAAAUCCUCUGUAAAUUGUACUCUGUUAAUGGCUGAUUUUGCGUGUUUUUAGCUCGUUUUUCAAAUUAUAAUUUGCUGAAAGAAAACGACAGUUAUUCAGUUGUAGUUUUGAAGACAAAGAUGCUGGACGGGAUUCUUGGCAGAGGAUUUACAUCAAAAUGUAAAUCGUUGAUUAAAACGACGAAGAGUCGGAUCGACGUUUUGAGGAGAAAGAGAAAUGCUACUUUGAAGUUUUUGAAGAAAGAUAUAGCUGAUCUGCUAGCUAAUGGACUCGACAUUAAUGCUUAUGGCAGAGCGGACGGACUAUUAGCUGAAUUGACACUGUCGUCUUGCUAUGAGUUUGUUGAGAAAUCUGGUGAUUUUGUGUUGAAGCAUCUCUCUGUUAUGCAGAAGAUGAGGCACUGCCCUGAGGACUGUAGGGAGGCUGUGUCGUCCUUAAUGUUUGCGGCUGCGAGGUUUUCUGAUUUACCAGAGUUGCGUGACCUUAGGGAUGUGUUUUAUGAGAGAUAUGGGAGCUCUGUGGAGCUGUUUGCGAAUCAAGAGUUUGUUGAGAAUUUAUCUUCAAAGCCAUCUACAACAGAGAAGAAAGUUAAACUAAUGCGUGAUAUAGCAUCAGAGUUUGGAAUUGCAUGGGACUCCAGGGCUUUUGAACAGAGGACAAGUAAAGAUACUAAAACCCCUGCCUCUGCACAGAAUCACCCUCAAGUCCAUGGUUCUCCACAUGCUCAUCAUGAUAAGUACAAGAUAAUCAAUGGCAAUGGCAAUGGCAACAUUCCAAAAGUUACAAAUGGUGUUUUGCCUAAAGAAAGGCCUGAGCAUGCUAAUAAUGGGUAUAGAUUGCUCAAUGAAAAAGAAAGCAAUGUCUCAAGAAGAGAUGGUUUUGAUUCUAAAUACAGAUAUGAAGUCCCUGGAAAUGGAUACAAACCAGUGAACAUAAAGGGAGAACCCAUUCUGAACAAGGACACACAUGAUAGUUUGCAUAAAGGAAGGCAUGAAGUUGCAAUAGAGAAGCAUGAACCAUGGAAGGAGGAUACUCCCUUGGAAACUCUUAGAAAUGGGCUCAAUUUUCAAUCAGGAUAUGGAGUUCCCAUUAAUAAAUACAAGUCGUCUGGUGUUAGGGAAGAAUCCAUUCCGAAAAGAGACACCAAUAAUAGUUUGUUUGAAGGAAGGCAAGAAAUUGCGGUGGACAAGAAUGCACCAUGGAAGGAAGAUACAUCACUGAAAACUGUUAGAUUAGGCAGUUCAUCUCAGAGGCAUAGAAUAGAAAGUGUUGACCGUGGAUCCCAUCUGCGCGAUGGUAGGGGGAAUACUGUACCUAAAACAGAUGACCUGGAAUCUUCAAGUCACGGGAAGGUAGAAAUCGCUUCUAGUUUUGCAGGAUUAAGUUCAAAGGGUGAUGGAAGAGAUUCGGCUGUGGGUAAUCAUUACGAUGACCAGUACAAUGCUACAAAUUCAGCAAGAGAAGUCCAGGAGGAAGCACAUAAGUUGAAUUCCUACUAUAACAAUGUCAUCCCUCCUCCUUAUACUAAACCUAAUUCUAGAUUGAAGGAUCCGCUAAGGGACAACAGAGCUGAUGCUGGUAUCAAGUCAGAGAAAAUCAUACAAGAAGUAUAUCAUCUCGAUCAUGAGAGGCAUAAUACUGUUGGAUCCAUGAGAGCAAAUUGUCAUGAGCAUGAGAAUGAUUUUAAGCAUAAGGAUGAUGGAAUUAAUACUGUGAUUCCAAAGCCAAGAUCUUCAAGGCGAAGGCAUGCGAAAUCACAUAGCAGCCGCAAUGAUGUCGGAAAUCUUGAAGACCUAGGAGGAACUGUCAAAAGAAGAUCAAGGAGCAAAAGAAGGGAUGACUCAAGACGAGGUCUCCAAGUCUUGCUUGACGACGAUCACCAUCGGAAUGAUGAAGAGGAAAGGAUGAUUGAUAACCUUUUAAUGCACUAUAGCAGUAAACCAACAUCCUUCGAACCUGAAAAUCUCAGAAGAAAACCCAGAAGUCGCCAUGUACAGCAUGAAGGCAUUGAGCACAAGUCCUCUCGGAACAUCAGCCAAGAUAAACAUGAAGAGGUCUCGGAAAUGCUCCCGCCGCCCCGAUCAAUAUCCCUCCCACGUGAACAAACAACUCAAUCUGAAGCAACAAAAGUGUUCGCUCGUGCUGCUUCCUUUCAACCCGAGAGGUCAACCCCAGCUAAACACGUGCAUCCCAAGUUACCUGAUUAUGACGAUUUGGCUGCUCGGUUUGCCGCCUUCAAAGGAAGGUAAAUCCAGCCAAAAUCAGCAUGCAUCUUAUUAAUCACCACAGUGCACUCACUUUUAUGUCAUAAAUGGCUGAAGUACAUGUUUUGGCCCCGCAAUCAAAUGCAAUUCAACAGUAAAUAUGAACAUAUAGCCUGUGUUGUUGGCAUUAAUACACUGUAGACUCAAUUUCGAACCCGUAGAUUCUAAAAUUUGUAACGUGGAUAUUAGAUGUUAACGUUCAUACUUGUCUGUUGAUUUGAUACAACUUGAGUUGAGAUAAAAGAUUUGAUUAUACUA